AUGGGAUUGUUCUACAGCAAAAGCGAGGCAGAACCCUCGCCAUGCAACUUGCUUACUGUAAAAAUCAUACAGAUGAAAAAUGCCAGGAAAGCAGACUUGUUAACUCAGUCUGAUUGCUAUGUGAGCCUGAGCCUGCCAACAGCUUCAGUGCAGCAUUUCCGCACCAAGACAGUUCAGAACAGCAAGAACCCAACAUGGAAUGAAACAUUCCACUUCACUAUUCAGAGUCAGGUUAAGAACAUUCUGGAGCUAAAAGUUUGUGAUGAGGACAGUGUAACUCAGGAUGACCAUCUCCUCACUGUAUUCUUUGAUGUCUCCAAAAUCCAGCUUGGGGAAAACAUUCAGCUAAGUUUCCAGCUGAAUCCACAGGGAAAAGAGGAGCUGGAGGUUGAAUUCACAAUGGAGAGCAGUCCAGAUCCUCCUGAAAACAUUGUUACUAAUGGAGUUUUAGUGUCCCGUGAAGUUUCCUGUUUGGACGUGCAGGUUAACGGUGGGAGGAUAAGGAAGGACACUAUGGAGAGGAAAUUUGCGCUAACUGUGGAUGGGUCAUAUGAAGGAACCCAGACCCACACACUGAGCUCCUGUCUCUGCCCGACCUCCCCGGCCAGGUUCCACUACAUCAAGUACCAUCAGUCGGCGCUCACCGUGGCUCUACCGCGGCGGAGGCAUCUCAGCAGGUCUACAUCAAGUCAAAAUGAAAGGGAUAUGAAUGAGUCUGUGACUCUGCCUCUGAACUCGCUUCCUAUACAAGAGAAAAUAACAAUAGCAGAGGACAGGACAAUUGACUUGUACACAAAGGCAAGUGAAUGGACUCAGGGUCUGUGUUUCAGGCCAAGAAACCUAGAUGCCCGACUGGGGUUCGACCUCUGCACUGAUGAACAGAAUUUCCUGCAAAACCGAAAGAAGGUGGUUGCUGCUGCACUAAAGGAUGUUCUUCAUCUGGAGGAAGAUCUGCAAGAGCAUGAGGUGCCUAUAGUGGCUGUGACCACAGCAGGAUGUGGGAUAAGAGCACUCACUGGCAUGUAUGGCAGCAUUUUGGGCCUUCAAAAGUUGCGUGUUCUGGAUUGUGUUUCAUACAUCAGUGGCUCAUCUGGCACAACAUGGACAAUGACAAAGUUAUAUGAAGAUGCCGAUUGGUCACGUAAGGAUCUUGGAGAAGUAAUAAUUGAAGCACGGAAGCAAGCAGCCAAGUGCAAGAUGGGGGCUUUUUGCUUGAAAAGUCUAAGGAAUUAUUACAGAGAGCUGAGCCAAAGGACCCAAGCAGGACAUAAAACCUCUUUCAUUGAUCUGUGGGGGCUCAUGAUUGAAUCCAUGUUGAAUGAUGGGAAAAGCCACCACAGACUUUCUGAUCAACGUCAGGCAGUGAAUCAAGGACAGAACCCUCUGCCCAUCUACCUUGCUCUGAACGUCAAGGACAAAGUUUCCACCAAAGAUUUUAGAGAGUGGGUGGAGUUCACACCAUACGAGGUGGGCUUCCUGAAGUAUGGCGCCUUCAUUCGUGCAGAGGAUUUUGGCAGUGAGUUCUUCAUGGGCCGCCUGAUGAAGAAGCUCCCUGAGUCCCGAAUCUGUUUCAUGCAAGGAAUGUGGAGCAGUAUAUUCUCAAAAAACCUCUUGGAUGCCUGGCAUGCAGCUGACAAUUCAGAGGACUUCUGGCACAGGUGGACCCAAGACAAAGUGACCGAAAUUGAGGAACAACCAGACUUGCCCGAGAAGCCCUAUGAGAUGGCCACGUGCGUUUUCACUCCUACAAGCGGCCUCUCCACAACUCUCCGGGAUAUCCUGACGGAUCGCCCUGCUGUCUCCAAGUACCACAACUUCCUAAGGGGCCUGCAGAUGCACAAUGAGUAUAUCCAGCAUGAACAUUUCACAAAAUGGAAAGACACUUUGCUAGACACCUCUCCUAAUGACCUGAGAGGCAACUCAGAACACCUGGAGCUGGUGGAUGCAGCUUUCUUCUUCGAAACCAGUUACCCACCCCUUAUGAGACCAGAGCGGAAAGUGGAUGUCAUCAUACACUUAAAUUACACAGGUGGAUCACAGACUUUGCCCCUGGAGCAAGCUUGCGCAUACUUUGCAGAGCAGGGAAUUCCGUUUCCCUGCAUUGGACUGAAGGAUGAUGAGAAGAACCUGAAGGAGUGUUACAUGUUUGAUGGUGCAGACACCCCUGGAGCUCCUCUGCUGCUUUAUUUUCCAUUAGUGAAUGAUACCUUUCAAAGAUAUGUAACACCUGGCAUGGCACGUACUGCUGCUGAAAUGGAACAGGGCAAGGUUGAUAUCUCCAGUUUCUCCUCUCCAUACUCAACCAGAGAGGUCUCACUGAAAGCGGAAGAUUUCAACAAGCUCCUGAAACUGACUAAUUACAACAUCAUGAAUAAUGAGAACAUGAUUCUUCAGGCCUUGCGCAUGGCUGUGGCACGGAAGAAACAAGCCCUUAGCCAGACAGUAUCACAAGAACAACCCUCUACUAGUGAUGAAUGCCCGUGCAGUUCAUUCUUCGUGAAAAUCGUAAGAAUGAAAAAUCUGAGAAAAACAGAUCUACUUAGUCAGACUGAUUGCUACAUAAGCCUGACCUUGCCCACUGCUUCCCCUGAGACUGUCCGGACCAAAACUAUCAAGAACUGCAAAGAUCCGGUGUGGAAUGAAACAUUUUGUUUCAGGAUCCAGAGCCAAGUAAAAAAUAUUCUUGAGAUGAAAGUCUAUGAUGAAAAUGCAGUCACUAAAGAUGACCUCCUCUUCACUGUUCUCUUUGAUAUUGCUAAAAUCCAGCUUGGAGAAACUGUUCGCUUGACUUUUCAGCUAAAUCCAAAGACACAAGAGACGCUGGAGGUUGAGUUUGUAUCGGAGAGCAUUCCAGUCCUUCCUGAAAAGCUUGUCACUAACGGUGUAUUAGUGUCGCGUGAAAUUUCCUGCUUGGAAGUCCUGGUGGACAAUAGAUGGACAAAGAAAGAACCUUCAGAAAAAGACUUCUUGUUCUCAGUGAAGGGAUCCUAUGAAGAGAGCCAGACACUCUCUCUGGGCUCUUUCUGGCAACCCGUGAAGCCCCUGAACUUUCAUUACAUCAAGUACAGCCUGUCCGAGCUGCGCAUGGCUCUUGCAGAGAAGAAGCCUCAUUUCUACUCGGUUUCAGGUGAAGAGAAAAAAGACUACCAUGCAUCCCUCACUAUUCCUCUGGAUUCACUUCCAUUCAAUGAGAAAGUGGCAGUAGCAAAGGAUGAGACAAUCAAUUUACAUGUAAAAUCAAAUGACUGGAACUCUGGACUUUGUUUGAGGUCACGAAACUUAGAUGUCCGCUUGGAGUUUGAUCUGUGUAAGGAGGAGAAAAAUUUCCUGCAGAAAAGGAAGAAGUUUGUGGCUUCUGCUCUGAAAAAAGCACUUCAUUUAGAGCAAGACCUUCAAGAUCAUGAGAUACCUGUUGUAGCAGUUAUGACAACAGGAGGUGGCACCCGGGCACUGACAUCUCUGCUAGGCAACCUGCUGGGUCUUCAAAAGCUGGGUCUCUUGGAUGCUAUUUCAUACAUCACUGGGUCAUCUGGUUCAACAUGGACUUUGUCACAUUUGUAUCAGAACCCUGAGUGGUCACAUAAGGAUCUAUCCAGACCGAUUGGUGAAGUCCGCAGACAUAUGACCAAAUGCAAGCUAAGCUGCUUUUCCCUGGAAAGCUUGAAAUACUAUGCCAAGGAGCUAAAGCUGCGGAAGCAAGAGGGUUACCAGAUCUCUAGCGUUGAUUUCUGGGGGCUUCUGCUGGAAAAAGCAUUAAGUGAUGGGAAAAAUAACCACAAACUCUCAGAUGAGCAACAGGCAUUGAAUCAGGGUCAAAAUCCCCUACCUAUCUACAUGAUCCUCAACAUCAAAGAAGACUACAGCCUUUCAGAGUUCAAAGAAUGGGUGGAGUUCACCCCUUAUGAGGUUGGAUUCUUAAAAUAUGGUGCCUUCAUCCGUGCAGAGGAUUUUGGCAGUGAGUUCUUCAUGGGUCGCCUUAUGAAGAAGCUCCCAGAAUCACGGAUCUGUUUCAUGAAAGGCCUAUGGAGCAAUGUCUUUUCCUACAAUCUCUUGGAUGCCUGGCAUUCAUCAAAUCCUACAGAAAGGCGCUCACUGAGAUGUACCCAACACAGGGCUGUUGAUGUUGAAGAUGAGCCCUCUUCACCAGAUGGGAGCCAUGAGUUGGAGACUUACUUAGUGACCCCUGAAUGUGGUAUCAUGGGCAUUAUUCGGCGGCUGCUGACAGAGCGGGUGAUUUUUUCGAAGUUCUACAACUUCCUGAAAGGGUUUCAACUACACAAUGCAUAUCUUCAAAGCAAAAACUUCUGUAUGUGGAAAGAUACUGUACUAGAACAUUUCCCCAGCCAGCUGACACAAACAGCAGAGUUCAUGUGCCUGGCAGACACAGCAGGAUACAUCGAUAUUAGCUAUCCACCACUCAUGAGGCCGGAGAGGAAAGUGGAUGUUGUCCUGCACUUAAACUAUUCUUCUGGAUCACAGACACUGCCUUUGGAAGAAGCCUCCAAGUACUUCCAAAAACAGGGAAUCCCAUUUCCCAAAAUCCACAUGAGUGAAGAAGAAAAGAAAAAUCUAAAGGAGUGCUACAUCUUUGAAGACACAGAGACCCCAGAGGCACCGACAGUGGUGUUUUUCCCACUGGUGAAUGACUCCUUCAGAAAAUACAAAGAACCAGGUGUGGAGCGCAGCCCUGCUGAGAUGGAGCAGGGCAACGUGGAUGUUUCCACCAUUUUUUCCCCGUACUGCUUAAACAGCUUUACCUACAAAGGGGAGGAUUUUGACAAGCUGAUAGAACUGACCAGCUACAACAUUCAGAACAACCAACACCUGAUCCUUCAGGCUUUGAAUUCAGCCAUAGAGCAGAAACGACAGCGCAAAAAAUAA